CGGCCGCCACGGCCGGCCUCGUCUCCACAGAUGUUGAGCAAGAAGUCCAAUGAGCUUCCUCCCGCAGCAGCGGCUACUUCAAAUCAAAAUUAUGAUCUAUUCAGAAGGCUUUCGAGGAAAACUGGUACUUCCAAUCAAAUCGGACGCGUCUGAUCUAACAAGAAGUGAAAAGUACAGAAAAGGUGGUCUACUCCCUUUAAAGAGGGUCAUCUUAACGCUGAGUGUUGUGCUCUCCACCUUCACUGCGCAAGUGUUCUUCAAUCCGUACCAAGCGCUCAUCUCAGACCUGUGCCCUUCGGAGCAGGACGCCCGCAGAGGGAUUCUCCGUAUUUGCGCUCAUGGUCAACGUUGGCUCGGUCCUAAGCAACCUGCUUUUCUCCUGGAGCUGGUUCUCUGGAUCGCUGCUGGUCUCCCAGCGGGCCACGUUUGGUCUGAUCGCCGUGCUGGUCAGCGCGCUGACCGCCGUCACCCUACUCACCACCCGGGAGCUGGCCGCUCGGUCGACGGUCGGUCCCGAUGCCGACGCGGCCGUCUCGCCGCUGCUCGAGGAUGUCGGGUACGGCAGCGACUCGUCAAGGCACAGCUCGCCGACGACCAAGUGGCGGCACCAGACGGCGUGGCACCUGCUGUCGCUGCGGGACGGGCUCAGCACGGCCUGCUGGACGGACCGAACCGGCUUGGCAGCCGCCAGCGACCGGAUGGCCCGACUUCUGCUUCUGACGCCGCUCACUGCCCUCUGCCGGGUUAUCCUGUGGCCAUACUCCAUCUUCCGACGAAUACACCGGUCUCCGAUGGUGCUUAGGAGGCUGUUUAUCGUCGAUCUUCUGUCAUGGAUGGCACUUCUUUCUUUCUACAUGUUCCUGACUGACUAUCUCGGGCAGGCGGCCGGCGGCCGGGCCGAGGACCCAGACGGCUCCGAGGGGAGAGCCAAGUUCGACGAAGGUGUCCGCAUGGGCUCCAAAUGUCUGAUGAUCGACGGCGUCUCCGGUGGGCUGUUCAGCUUGUUCGGUCUGAUGCCGAUGACCCGCCGCCUGGGCACGCGCAACACCUACGUCCUCUGUCUGACGGUGUUCAGCAGUUGCAUGGUGGUGAUAUCGCUGGCGCCCUCGCCGCCGCUCAUCUACGUACUGUGCGCUGUCAUGGGCUGCGGCUACAGCGUCAUGGGCACCACGCCCAGCUCCCUACUGACUCUGUAUCACUACCAGCCGCAGAUUUUCUUCAGCGACCAGCCUGCACCCCGAGAAGCCGCCGGUCUGGGUGAAAACUUCGCCAUCUUAGACACAUCUUAUUGCCUGGGGUCGAUCCUGCCGUCGCUGACCCUCGGCUGGCUGGUGGACAUGUACGGCAUGCCGCAUCUAUAUGUGAUGAUUGGGGGCCUUUUCGGCUUCCUGUCGGCCGGCAUUGCUACUACUCUCAUCUACAGAGCGGAAGAGAUGGUGCCAAGGACAAAGUCGCCGGUGCCGGCGACACGGUGAUUAUCUUGCUGUGGUACAGGGUAUGCGAAAGCGGCCGUUGCGGUGAUUGCGACAGCCAAAAGUGCCUCAGCGCUCGCGUGCUUCGCUCCGCAAGUGUUCCGUCGGGGUGUUGAACAGGACGCGAUUCUUGCCGUAGCGUAAUGGAUGUCAUCCCGUCGUUAGUCAGGGCCGUUUUCACAACGGUUUAUUUGCUCGAAGUGCUGUGGUCAUGUGGAAAAGUAAAGCUUUUCGGUCAAUGCGGUCGACAUUAAUUACCCUAUCCUGGACGAAUUGAACUGGCCCAAAAUUCAGUUAUUUGCAAUCAACCAUGCUAUACGGCAGUGUGCAGGGCAUUGUACCUAUCUCGCUAUAUCUCGCUGUAUCUCGUCCAUCAAUAUUUUUGUCUUAGCAUGCCAUUGCCUUAUUGUGUUACGUGUGGUGCCGCCGAGCAAUUUUUGCAGCUGCCACGCUGCGCACAGGGAAAGGGCCCGCAGGGCCACAUUCCGAGCUGUGCUCACCUUCCCUGUGAAAGUACGGGAGUCGGCAGUCCUGAGCGGUGGCGCGUGACGAGCGCCCGCUGCGUGGUAGCACCGUAUGCCAACCACCUGUUACUAUUUUGUUUUUUUUGUUGUUCCUUUCAACUGUUUUCUUCCUGAUGUAUUUACGAUGGCAAAUGCGCGAGAACUUAUUGAAAAAGCGACGAUCGAGCAGAAUGUUCACAACCUGGAGAGCAAUUAAAACAUAACGAUGUUGAGAUGAUGUUUGUACAACAUCCGUCUUGUACGUUAAACGUGACAAAGGCGAGCGAAGCUAUGAUAAUUCGGCAUAGACACCAUUACGACACCAUUCCUCCUGUUGCGUCUAUGAUGGCCGUCUGUACUCUCCCUCCAUAAUAAAACACUCGGUGAG